AUGGAGUCAGAUUUAUUUGAUGUCUUUGAGGAGAAGCCAGUGGUUGUGGAACAGAACUUAGAGGAAGAGCCUGUAGACACAUAUACCAAGAACGAGAAAAAGCACGAACUAUCUGAAGAUGAAGGCGUUGAAACUAAAAAGAUAAGGCCAAAUAAGUCUGCGGGACCCAAACCAAAGGAACCUGUUGUUCCCGUACUUGCCGACUCUUUUGAGCAAGAAGCAUCCAGAGAGGUUGAAGCUAUUACAACUCUAACGGCAGCCGAUGAGGCAGAAGGUAAGAUGAGGUUGUCCCAUCAAGUGCGUCAUCAAGUCGCUUUGCCUCCAAAUUACGACUAUAAGCCAAUUGGUGAACACAAGAGAGUAAAUGAAGCGAGAACCUAUCCGUUCACUCUUGAUCCUUUCCAAGACACUGCUAUUUCUUGUAUUGAUAGAGGAGAAUCCGUUCUAGUUUCUGCCCAUACAUCUGCUGGUAAAACGGUGGUUGCAGAAUAUGCUAUUGCACAAUCUUUGAGGGAAAAGCAAAGAGUAAUUUACACAUCUCCUAUCAAGGCUUUGUCCAAUCAGAAAUACAGAGAACUGCUAGCUGAUUUCGGUGAUGUCGGUCUGAUGACCGGUGAUAUUACCAUCAACCCUGAUGCUGGUUGUUUGGUCAUGACCACCGAAAUUCUGAGAAGUAUGUUAUACAGAGGUAGUGAAGUGAUGAGGGAGGUUGCAUGGGUCAUUUUCGAUGAAGUGCAUUAUAUGAGAGACAAAGAGCGUGGUGUUGUUUGGGAAGAGACAAUCAUUUUGUUGCCCGACAAGGUCCGUUAUGUUUUCCUAUCUGCCACUAUCCCCAAUGCUAUGGAAUUUGCAGAAUGGAUUUGCAAAAUUCAUUCUCAACCUUGCCACAUUGUUUACACCAAUUUCCGUCCUACUCCCUUGCAACAUUAUCUAUUCCCAAGUCAUGGUGAUGGUAUAUAUCUGGUCGUCGAUGAGAAGAGCACGUUUAGAGAAGAAAAUUUUCAGAAAGCCAUGGCUUCAAUCAGUAAUCAGGAAGGUGAUGACCCUAAUUCCGUCAAUGCCAGAGGGAAAAAGGGCCAAACAUUCAAGGGGGGUGCAGCCAAGGGUGACUCCAAAGGUGACAUCUACAAGAUUGUGAAAAUGAUUUGGAAGAAGAAAUACAACCCGGUCAUUGUAUUUUCCUUCAGUAAGCGUGACUGUGAAGAACUAGCUUUGAAGAUGUCAAAGCUGGACUUUAACUCAGACGAUGAAAAAGAUGCUUUGACUAAGAUAUUCACCAACGCCAUUGCUCUGCUACCGGAAACAGAUAGAGAAUUACCCCAAAUUAAGCACAUUUUACCUUUGCUUAGAAGAGGUAUCGGUAUCCAUCAUUCUGGUUUGCUUCCAAUUCUUAAGGAAGUUAUUGAAAUUUUAUUCCAAGAAGGUUUCCUGAAGGUACUCUUUGCUACUGAAACCUUUUCUAUCGGUUUAAAUAUGCCUGCCAAAACUGUUGUGUUCACAUCUGUAAGAAAGUGGGAUGGUAAACAAUUCCGUUGGGUCUCAGGUGGGGAAUACAUUCAAAUGUCAGGCCGUGCAGGUCGUCGUGGGUUAGAUGAUCGUGGUAUAGUUAUCAUGAUGAUUGAUGAAAAAAUGGAGCCUCAAGUUGCCAAAGGUAUGGUUAAGGGUCAAGCUGAUCGUUUGGACUCCGCAUUCCAUCUAGGCUACAAUAUGAUUUUGAAUUUGAUGAGAGUCGAAGGUAUAUCUCCAGAGUUUAUGCUCGAACACUCCUUCUACCAAUUCCAAAAUGUUGUCUCUGUACCUGUGAUGGAGAAGAAACUUUUGGAGCUGGGCAAGGAAGCCGAAUCUAUUCAUGUUGAAGAUGAAGAGAAUGUGAAAUCGUAUUACGAACUAAGACAAACAUUGGACAGCUACAACGAGGAUGUUCGCCACAUCAUGACACACCCUGCAAAUGCCUUGAGCUUUCUACAACCAGGCAGAUUGGUAGAAGUGGUUGUUAAUGGGACCGAAAACUAUGGUUGGGGUGCUGUGGUUGAUUUUGCUAAGCGUAUCAAUAAGCGUAAUCCAACUGCCGUUUACACUGACCAUGAGUCGUACAUUGUGAAUGUUGUUGUCGGCACCAUGUACAUUGAUUCUCCUGUCAACCUACUAAAACCUUUUACAACAGAUUUCCCAGAAGGUAUUAGACCCGCUAAAGAGGGUGAAAAAUCCAUGUGUGUCAUUAUUCCUGUUACGUUGGAGUCGAUUCAUGCCAUUGGUAACCUGCGUCUAUACAUGCCAAAGGACGUCAAAGCAAGUGGUCAAAAAGAUACAGUUGGCAAAUCGUUGAAGGAGGUAGAGCGCAGACAUCCCAAGGGAAUUCCGCUACUCGACCCGAUCAAGAACAUGAAGAUUGAAGAUGAGGACUUUCAAAAGCUAUUAAGAAAGAUUAAAGUUUUGGAAGCUAAACUGUACUCAAACCCGCUCAGUGGGUCUGCUAAGUUGAGUGAGUUGUACAACCAAUUCAGCAGAAAGCAUGCCAUAGAAACUGAUAUGAGACAGUUGAAGCAUAAGAUCACUGAAUCACAAUCGGUUAUCCAAUUAGACGACCUUCGUCGCCGUAAGAGAGUGUUGCGUCGUUUGGGGUUCUGUACACCAAAUGAUGUUAUCGAGCUAAAGGGUAGAGUGGCAUGCGAUAUUUCCAGUGGUGAUGAACUGCUAUUGACGGAACUAAUCUUCAACGGUAAUUUCAAUGAGUUGAAACCGGAACAGGCUGCUGCUUUGUUGUCAUGUUUCUCUUUCCAGGAACGUUGCAAAGAGGCACCAAGAUUGAAACCAGAGUUAGCCGAACCCCUCAAAAAUAUGAGAGAACUUGCCUCGAAGAUUGCGAAAAUCAUGAAGGAUUCGAAAAUGGAGGUUGUGGAAAAGGAUUACGUCGAAAGUUUUAGACACGAGCUAAUGGAAGUUGUUUACGAGUGGUGUAAAGGUGCCACAUUCACCCAGAUCUGUAAAAUGACUGAUGUUUACGAGGGAUCCCUGAUUAGAAUGUUCAAGAGAUUGGAGGAGUUGGUUAAAGAGUUGGUUGAUGUUGCUAACACAAUUGGAAACACAGCAUUGCGCGAAAAGAUGGAAACGGUCUUGAAAUUGAUACAUAGAGAUAUCGUCUCGGCUGGUUCGUUGUAUUUAUAA